UAAGCCCGUGAGCCGCAACUACUGAGCCUGCGCGUCUGGAGCCUGUGCUCCUCAACGAGAGGCCGUGAUAGCGAGAGGCCCGCGCACCGCGAUGAAGAGUGGACCCCACUCGCCGCAACUAGAGAAAGCCCUCGCACAGAAACGAAGACCCAACACAGCCAAAAAUAAAUAGAUAAGUUAAAAAAAAAAAAAAUCCGAGAGGCCAAAGUACCGUGCAGUUCCUACACUUUCUUUCUGAGAUGGACAUAAUUCUCCCUUAGAUUCUUUCCUUAACUAACCAUGCUCAGCCUUUCAGGGACAGGCUCAUUUCUCCUCCUUUAUUUAUUGUAUGCAAAUGACUGGCAGGAAUCCUAGUGGUUCUUCACAGGCAGCCGGAACCCGGACCAGGAGAUGGUUCCUCCUGAGCCCAUCACAGCCCGAGGUGUUGCUGAAGUCACAGGCGGAUCCCUGGCCUCCGGGAGACACAGGUAAUUGGGCUGCUUCCUCGUCCCAUCGCCAACCGAGAGCAACCAGCUGCUGAACGUGCUUGUUCAUCAGAGUAAUGAGAGUGAGGUGACUCCCUUUAAAAGUGGAGGCUGUCCAUCAAAAAGAAUGAAAUCAUGCCAUUUGCAGCAACAUGGAUGGACCUGGAGAUGAUCGUACUGAGUGAAGUAAGUCAGACAGAGACAGACAAAUAUUAUAUGAUGUCGCUUAUAUGUGGAAUCUAAAAUAGGACACAAGUGAACUUAUCUACGAACCAGAUACAGACUCACAGACACAGAGAACAGACCUGUGGUUGCCAAGGGGGAGAUGUGGGGGAGGGAAGGAUUGGGAGUUGGCGGUUGGUAGGUGCAAACUAUUGUAUAUAGAAUGGAUAAACAGCAAGGUCCUAAUGUGUAGCACAGGGAGCUAUAUUCAAUACCCUGUGAUAAACCAUAAGGGAAAAGAAUAUAAAAAGGAAUGUGUAUAUAUGUAUAACUGAAUCACUUUGUUGUACAGCAGAAAUGAACACAACAUUGUAAAUCAACUAUACUUCAAUAAAAUUAAAAAAAAAAAAGUGGAGGCUGUCAGGGAAUGUCAGCAUGUCCAAACGAAACUCUGGGAGGCUCUGCCGUGCCUUGGUUAAUCUCCGGGUUCUUGAACGUGCCUUACCCUCUCCUUACACCUCUCACAUGUUCCAGGAGCUGCUCCUGAUGCAAACAGUCUGCAAAGCAGGAAUCCAGUGUCACUCCCGGGCACCGUCUCUACGGAGAGAGCCUGGCCUCAACCGUGUCACCCGAGGAGGGCUUCUCUCCUCUCCAGCUCAACAGAAACCAGUCCUUGGGGACACCAAGCCAGGAAUGGACGGUGGUAGGAAGGGGAUAGAAAUGACCCUUCUAUUUUCACACGUCCUUGAACCACCCUAAUAUCGUGGCCGUGGUGGAAGUGGUCACUGAAGGCAGGAGAUGGGACGGGACCCUUCAGGCUUUGUCCUGUGGGUUUGGAAUCCUUCGGAUCUUCAGCAACAACUCGGAAUCUCCUACGUCUGCCCCCCAGGACAAACGGUUGAGACUGUAUCACGGCAGCCCCCGAGCCCUCCUGCACCCGCUUCUCCAGGACCCCAUAGAACAAAACAAGCACAUGACCCUCAUUGAGAACUGCAGCCUGCAGUACACGCUGAAGCCACACCCGCUCCUGGAGCCCGUGUUCCACCUUCUUCCCGAGAACCUUCUGGUGUCUGGUCUGCAGCAGAUACCUGGUCUCCUUCCAGCUCAUGGAGAAUCGGGGGACAUGCUCCGGAAGCCUCGCCUUCAGAAGUCUCUCACGUGGUACCUGGACGAUUUGUUCUUCACGAUGUAUCCCUCCCUGGAGCAGUUUGAGGAGGAGCUUCUGGAACUUGUGAUCAGCGAUCACUUCCGGGAGGCGGGCAGCCCGCUGGACAGUGGUGCCCUGGAGAUCUUGGAGCGGCGCCUGUGCGUGGGCGUGCACAACGGGCUGGGCUUCGUGCAGAGGCCACAGGUGGUGGUGCUGGUGCCUGAGCUGGAGGUGGCCUUGACGCACUCUGCCAGCUUCAGCCGGAGAGUUGGCGCCUCUUCGAAGGCCAGAUCUGGAAACCACACUCUGGUCUCGAGAAGCCGCCUCCAGCUCCCUGAGAUGGUCUGUCAGCCCGCGUUCACCAUCGUCUUUCAGCUGGAGUACGUGUUUAACAGCCCUUCGGGAGCGGACGGCAACGCAGCUGCGGUCACCUCCUUGUCGAACCUGGCGUGUAUGCACAUGGUGCGCUGGGCUGUCUGGAGCCCCGUGCUGGAAGCCAGCUCCGGGCGGGUGACGCUACCUCUACAGGGUGGGAUCCAGCCCAACCCCUCGCACUGUCUGGUCUAUAAGGUACCCCCAGCCAGCAUGAGCUCCGAAGAGGUGAAGCAGGUGGAGUCGGGGACAGUCCAGUUCCAGUACUCACUGAGCCCCGAAGGACACCUGGACACGCCCGUGGAGCACGCCAUUCGCCCCAAGGCAGAGCAGCGGCCUUCCAGGAAGCCACCCACCUCCCCUUCAAGCCUGCCAGCACCACCGCCCCGGGGGCUCACCACCCCCCAGGACUCGCCAGUGGGACCAGGGCUGUCGCUUUCCCAGCUGGCGGCUUCCCCACAGUCCCCAGCUCAGCGCCGCUCGGCCGAAGCCUCCUCAAAGCCACCGGGGAGCCCCACGCUCUCCCUGGCCCCGGGGGAGUUCCCCUUGGAGGGCAGGAUCUCUCACCUGGAGGCUGACCUGAGCCAAACGGCCUUGGUCCCGGGCACGUCCACUGCUGAGCAGUUGCAGGAGCUGCCGUUCACACCUGUGCACGCCCCGAUCAUCGUGGGAGCCUGGACCAGGAGCUCUGGAGGGAAGCCGUCACGAGCCUCCCUAGCGCUGCUGCGGUCCGCUGGCUUUCCCGAGAUUCUGGACGCCAACAAGCAACCCGCCGAGGCCGUGGAUCCUACAGAUCCCGUGAAGUUCAACCCUCAGAAGGAAGAAUCAGACUGUCUGCAAAGCAACGAGAUAGUGCUACAGUUUCUUGCCUUUAGCAGGGUGUCCCAGGACGACCAGGCAGCGCCGUGGCCACAGACUGUGUAUUUCACCUUCCAGUUCUACCGCUUCCCCCCCGAGACAACGCCACGGCUGCAGCUGGUUGAGCUGGAUGAGGCCGGGAAGAGCAGCUCGGCCUCCCUGCCCCACCUCCUCGUCCUGAUUCACAAGGACGGCUCCUUUGAUGCGGGGUCUCCGGGCUUCCAGCUGAAGUACCUGGUGGGCCCUGGAUUCCUGAGACCCGGGGAGCAGCGCUGGUUCGCCCGCUACCUGGCCCUGCAGACCCUGCAGAUCGACAUCUGGGAUGGAGACUCCCUGCUUCUCAUCGGAUCCGCCGCCGUUCAGAUGAAGCACCUCCUCCGCCAAGGGCGCCCAGCCGUUCAGGUCUCGCAUGAGCUUGAGGUCGUGGCGACAGAGCACGAACAGGACACCAUGGUGGUGAGUGGAGACGUGACCAGGUUUGGCUGCGUCAAGCCCAUCAACGUCCACACGGUGGUGAAGGGCCGGCUGCACCUGACCUUGGCUAACGUGGGUCACUUGUGUGAACGGAGAGUGGGGAGUCCCAGCUCACCGCCACCUUCCAGGUCACGGGUCAUCUCGAAUGACGGAGCCACCGGCUUCUCGGGAGGUGGCCUUCUCACGCCCGGGGCUCCCAGACCAGUGAAAAAUGUGGUCCAAGCGCAGAAGCUGGCCGACGUGGACAGUGAGCUGGCCGCCCUGCUCUUCACGCCCCCGUGGCAGGGGACGCGGCGGCCCCAGGGCGCCGGCCGUGAGGGGGACGCCGUGUGCAGGCGCAAGCUGGAGCGCAUGAGGGCUGUGCGCCUGCGGGAGCGCGGAGCGGAGCCUGGCCGCUGCGGACACGGCGCGCUGGCCCAGCAGAGCAUCCGUGCCCAGCACACUCGGGACCUGCAGCUCAUCGCCGCCUACCGGGAGCGCACCAAGGCCGAGAGCAUUGCCAGCGCGCUGAGCAUGGCCAUCACCACGCGGCACACCAUCCGUGCCACGCUGGGCGCCGCCGAGUUCUUCGAAUUCGCUCUCAGGAACCCCGACAACACGCAGCACACCGUGACCAUCUCGAUCGACAGCGCUGAGCUCAGCCUCAUCCUGGACAGUCAGGAGUGGCGGUACUUCAAAGAGCUGUUCGGCCUGCACACGCCCCUGGAGGAGGACAUGUUCCACCCGCGGGGCAGCCUGGCCCCCCAGCUCUUCCUACGCCCCCGGGAGAUGGUCCACAUCCCCUUCAAGUUCCAGACCUUCUCUGCGGGUCCGCGGGCCUCGGCGCAGGCCUCUGCUGAGCUGAGACUCGAGAAGUACACGGACGCUGGGUCAUCUCGUAAGUCCAGCACGAUGCCCACGAAACACGCCAAGGUCCUGUUCUGCGCAGGCAACGGCAAGCCCCUCGCCGUGCUCUGCCUGACCGUGGAGCUGCAGCCGCACGUGGUGGACCAGGUCUUCCGCUUCUACCACCCAGAGCUCACCUUCCUGAAGAAGGCCAUCCGCCUGCUGCCCUGGCACACGCUUCCAGGCAGGUCCCGCUGUCCCCACGGCUGGCAUUUGGCAGGUUCAACAGGUGGAAAAGGUGCUCCCGUGGGGAUGCCCGGUGAGGACCCCCCGGUCUACGUACGAUGUAGUGACCCGAAUGUCAUUUGCGAGACCCAGAACAUGGGCCCCAGGGAGCCACAAGACGUGUUCCUGAAGGUGGCCAGUGGUCCCAGCCCGGAGAUCAAAGACUUCUUUGUCACCAUUUACGCGGACCGCUGGCUGGCGACGCCCAUCCAGACUUGGCAGGUCCACCUCCACUCCCUGCAGCGCGUGGAUGUCUCCUGUGUCACAGGCCAGCGGACCCGCCUGGCCCUUGUCCUUCGGGGGAUGCAGACAGUUAGGAAAGUGAAGGCUUUCAGCUCCCACCCCCAGGAGCUGACGACGGACCCCAAAGGCGUCUUCGUGCUGCCCCCUCACGGGGUGCAGGACCUGCACGUGGGCGUGAGGCCCCGCAGGGCGGGCAGCCGCUUCGUGCACCUCAACCUGGUCGACGUGGACGCCCACCAGCUGGUGGCCUCGUGGCUCGUGUGCCUCUCCUGCCGCCCACCCCUCAUCUCCAAGGUCUGCCGUGAGACGCGCGUGGGCCACGCGGUUCGGGUGGUGUGUCCUGUGACCCGGCCUGCCCAGAUCCGGGCCGACGUUUCCUCCUCCCGGCCCCUCUGGCUGGGGGCCUGGGGGGUGGGUGUUUCCUCCUGUACCGUGAGCCCCUCGACCGGGAACUCGGGGGGCUUGUCUGCCGUAUUUACUCAGCGUCUGGGGCUCAGGAGCGCAGGGCAGGCUUGGGAAGAAGUGGCUGGAGAAGGAGCCCGGGGCCAACUCCUGCCCUCCCCACAGGCCUUUGAGAUCACGCUGCCUGCGGGGGCCGGGAAGGGCGCCAACAAGCGCAUCACCUAUACCAACCCCUACCCCUCCCCGAGGGCCUACCGCCUGCACAGCGACCAUCCCCGCCUGCUGCAGUUCAAGGAGGACGCCUUCCAGGUCGGGGGAGGCGAGACCUACACCAUCGGCCUGCGGUUUGCGUCCCGUCAGAAGGCCGGAGAGGAGGAGAUUCUGAUUUACAUCAAUGACCACGAAGACAAAAACGAGGAGACGUUCUGCGUGAAGGUCAUCUACCAGUAAAGGAGCGGCGGGGGCCGUCCUGCCGCUGUUCGGGGUCAGGCUCCUGUCCCAGAACUCGGCACCGUGGACUGGGCUGAGGGAGGUGGGGGUCGCCGCGCCCCUAGCCGUCUGCGAUGCUCCCCCCAGUCAGGCUGCUGCCAGUACCGACCGCGUAGCAGCCCCACUGGAGUCCUGACCGUGAGUGUGCGCGCCCGGUGAACCCGGGGCCCGUUUCUCUCUGCGGCACACGGGGGAUUGUCGCCAUCUGUGACGUUAGGAUUUACUGUCAGCAAAAUGUAUUUUCUGAGUCAUUUUAAAUGAUAAAAUUAUGUUUUUAAACUGAGUUUUAUACAAACACUAUUAUUUGCUAUGUAAUGUUUUUUAUGCUGGUAUUUCACAUCUUUUAAAAACGUUGUACGAAAUACUAAAUUUUUACACGGUU